GAUUAAUUUUAACAAUUGUACCUUAUAAGAUAAUUAAAAAUAUGAGUCGCCAUUUACAACCCUUGGAAGAUAUUUUGAGAGAAAUUCUACCAGAACUUGAAGAACCUAUAUUGUUUCAGAACAUGUUACAAAAUUCUGAUAAUUCUUAUGAAUGGAAAUUACUUCAGUGGAGCCUGACUGAAUUGGUUGAAAAGUUUGGAAAUAAGAAGUUACCAUUUCGAAUUGGUAAUCAUAACAAGCGUACAUGUGUUCUUCAACAUCAUCAUUGGUGCUUGAGUCCUCCUGUAAAACCAGUUCAAUUAACGUUUCAAGAAUUUAUUGAUUUACAAGAAACAAAGCAGAAUAAUAUAUGGCAUUACUGUGAUUAUAAGCAUAUAAAAGAGUGGCUCAAUGAUAAUACAGACAUUAUAGAAUCUUUUAAUUGGCUCAAAUUCGGGAUUGACAAAGAACUUGGUAAAAAUGGAAUGCAUUCUACUAUUUGGAUUGGAGGCAAAGGUGCUCAUACUGAUUGUCAUUGGGAUACCUAUGGUUAUAAUUUAGUAGCACAAAUACAUGGCAGGAAACAAUGGUUGCUUUAUCCACCUAAUGCUUCUCUGAUACCAGUUAGACUUCCUUACGAGGAGUCGACUGUAUAUAGCAGAUUUAAUAUUUAUUGCCUAAGUGAAGAAGAAAAAGAUUGUUUGUUGGAUAUACCAGACAAACCAAAAUUAAUAACUCUAGAACCUGGAGAUGUUUUAUUUGUGCCUAAUGGUUGGUGGCAUUACGUGGAAUCUUUAGAUAAAGUCAAUGUAAGCGUUAAUAUAUGGGGAAAACUGAAAACAGAUAGCAGAGCACGAGUCGAGGAAGCUCUAGUAAAAUUGAUAAUAGCCAAGAUGGGAGAUUAUAAUCAGUUUCCGAAUAAGUUAACUACAUAUUAUACAACAGAAGUCGAAUGUGCUGUUGAACGUGCACAAGAAGAGGAGCAGGAGAAACAAACGGAGAUGGUUCCAAAAAUACCAGCGAAAAGACCUAAACCUAAACCAGAAACUGCAACAGAAUUAGCAGAAGAAUACCCCUAUUAUGUUAAAUUGUUACCUGAUGCAAAGGAGCACGAAUUUAAAGAAUUUAUUGAAGAAAGACGUAAAAGAGACAAGGAGAAGUAUCCAUCAGAAGAAACAAGUGCAUCUGGAGAUUAUGUACCUAAUCCUCAAUAUGACUCAUUUUUUGAAUCUCUUAUCAAUGCUUUAUGUCAUCCAGAAGUUAUUAGUAAAGCAGCAAAAGUAUUAUUAGAAAGACAUUACUAA